UGUUGCCACACGGGCUCUUUUUGCUGCAGGACUGUAACAUGGCUGUUUCCAUGCAAUGAAGCAGGAGCGCUGCAAUCCCGGGGGUUAACUCACGCUUUCGCCUAGCUAGCAUCCUCCUGCACGGCUGGCUCAGCGCCUCUCGGCCUGCCAGGGUUUUGGGGGCAGAGCCGAAGGGCGUGAAGCCCACCCCCCCUUUGGAGUGGAUCAUGUUUUCCAAGGCCUUCAGGGUGAAAUCCAACACUGCCAUCAAAGGGUCUGAUAGGAGGAAACUGCGGACUGAUGUUGCCGCAGCUUUUCCUGCCCUCAGCAGUGAACAGCUGUCAGAACUUGUUCCAAACAGAGAGGAACUCAACUUAGUCAAAUUGUAUGCUCACAAAGGGGAUGCAGUCACUGUCUAUGCCAACAACAGGAACCCGGUCCUGUUUGAAAUGGAGAAAACCUUCUAUCCAACAGUUUAUACUCUGUGGUCCUAUCCAGAUCUUCUUCCAGCAUUCUCAACAUGGCCCCCUGUGCUACAGAGACUAGCGGGAGGAGCAGAUCUAAUGCUACCAGGAGUUAUGGUGCCAUCUUGUGGUCUCCCUCCGGUACAGCAGGGCACUCUCUGUGCCAUCACCCUGGUGGGAAACAGAGCCCCGGUGGCAGUAGGAGUCGCUACCAUGUCCACUGCAGAGAUGCUGGCUGCCGGAAUGAAGGGGAAGGGCUUUACCGUGCUGCAUGCUUAUAUGGAUCACUUAUGGGGAUUUGGAGACAAGUCUUACCCACCCACAAUAGCUCCCUUGGUAGCAGAGCCUGCGGAGUUGGAAAGCACUGGUGACGAUGACGAGAAGGGACUGGAGCUUGACAGCAACCUCUGCAUUGCCCCGUCGCUACAAAUGGACAUUGGCAAUUUGAGCCUGCAGGAGGGAGAUGGUUGUGCAAGGCUGAUGGAGGAGGAACCCAGUGAGACUGGAGCUGCAGAAAUGGCUGAAGAUAUCGCUGAGUUUCAGCCAGAAAUGGAAGAUGGCAGAACUCCACAAGAUCGAAUGGAUGAGUUACUGCAUCAAUGUUUUUUUCAUGCCUUAAAAUGUAAAGUGAAGAAGUCAGAGCUCCCUCUACUGACCAGCACCUUUCUGCGCAACCAUAUGUUCUCAUGCUGCCCAGAAGGACAACAAUUAGACAUAAAGAAAUCAAGCUACAAGAAGCUCUCCAAGUUCCUGCAGUACAUGCAGCAGCAGAAGAUUGUACAAGUGAAGGAGCUGAACAAAGGGGUGGAGAGUAUAGUGGAUAUAGACUGGAAACACGCUGACAUUAGGUCAUUUGUUGUCCCUGAAGUGUUCUCUGCUGUGUCAACUGCCCCAGAGAGUAAAUGUGGAGACGGAGAGCAGCUGUACCAUGCUCCUGAAAUCAUACCACUCUAUGGUGUCUCAGCCAAAAUGGCUCCACUUUUCCAAGAGUCAGGACACAAGAAAGGCAGCAUCCUCUCCAGCAGCGAUGUGAGAAAUAUCAUCAUCAGCUAUGUAAAGACUAAUGAGUUGGUUGAUGAAACAAACAAGAACUUUGUAAAGGUGAAUCCAAUCUUGUGCGACUGCCUGUUGGAUAAAUGGGAGCAAGACAAGAUCUCAAAGCUCAAAUGGGAUGAUCUCCUGAGCAGGUGUCUGGAACAACUGCAGCCUUACCACCAGGUGACGUUUUUUGGACAUGAACCCAUUGUGAGGAAAGGAAACCUUGAUCCCAUUGACAUAACCAUAGCACAGAGAUCAUCGAAUAAAAAGGUGACCAUUAUUAAGAAUCUUGAACUGUAUGGCCUAGACCCGCAAUUAGUUGCCACCACUCUCCAGCAAAGAGUACAGGCCAGCGCCACUAUUAACUCACUACCUGGGGCAAAGGACAGAGUCCAGGUCCAGAUCCAAGGCAACCAAAUCAACCAUCUUGCCAAGCUGCUGCUCGAGGAAUACCAGCUACAACGGAAAUAUAUUCAAGGGCUGGAGAAGGCUCCAAAGCUUAACCGGAAGAAGUAAAUAUGUCUAGUGUAAGAAGUAUUCAAAUUUCAUUAUUUAUAACCAGUUCUGCCUCUGGCUGAAGGGUGGAAUCCUGGCCCCAUUUAAGUCGAUAGGAGUUUUGCUUUUGACUUUCACGUGACCAAGAUUUCAUCCAAAGAAUGUAAUUGCUUCAGCUGUUCAAAUUUUUUAAAAUAAAACUCUCAAAUGUCAUCUUGAA